UGACACAGGCAGUGACCCAGAGGCGCAGAGUGACGAAGACAUGCAGCACGAUGGACAGCACAGCACGAGCGUGGAACUUGAGGAGUACGGCGAGGAGUUCCAGCCUCUGGACGUCAUUUCUGACGAUAGUUGGCAGCUAGUGUCAUCAGAGCCACCCAGACCCAAGAAAUCUGUCCUGUAUGUCGGUAACCUGAGUGAGUCAUGCACUGACGACGACAUCAAAGCUUUCACCCUGAAAAGGUCAGGCACAGCAGGGACUCCAGCUACUGUCCAUAACUGCAGCAUCCACAAGGCUGAAAAUGGCAAGAUAUCUGCAAGGAUCACUGUGGAUGCCACUGCCCUCGCACUCAUCACCUCACCAAACUUCUGGCCAAGGCCACUCUAUGCCAGACCGUGGAAGUUUAGGCAACGUUCAGUUGAGCCUGAUCGUGACGACUUGCCUCGCAGCCCGGGAGUCAACACGGAGCAGUCUGGCUUGGCAGAAUGACUACUGCAAGUCUCCGGCUGCUAGUCACAAACGCCUUUGGGCUGCUGUCCAAACUCGGCAAGUUCCAAAACAAUCUGAGUUCAACUAAGCCUGAUAUAGCGAUCGUCACAGAAACGAAAUUCACGCCGGACAAGGUUCCACUCGCCAUGUCAACUAUUCCUGGCUAUGCAGCACCUAUUCGCCAAGACCGAACUGCUUCAGGCGGGGGCGUAGCUGUCUGGGUGAAGUCCAACCUGCAUGCUCGGCACCUUGACACCAUUGACUGUAAAGGUUUUGAGGUAGUAUGGCUCUUAGUAGAUUCAUGCUCUCAUGGCAAGGUUGUAGUCUGUGCUGUGUAUCGUUCCGGUUCAAGUAGCCCAUCAGAUUGCUCCGUCAUCGACUACCUAGACAGCUCAUUACCUGCAGCACAGCAACUCGGUGACCAUGUAGUCAUUGCAGGGGACUUUAAUGUCCACAAUUCCGCCUGGCUCAAAAAUAGUAAAACAACAUUAGCUGGUCUUGCACUGGCGGAUCUAGCAUCUGCUUAUUGCCUCACGCAGCAUAUCAUGGAUCCCACUAGAGGUGAUGCCAUUCUAGACCUUGUCCUUUCAGACUUGCCUGGACAUGUGAGCACUUCUAUCUGUAAGCCCCUUGGACGCUCUGACCAUGCGGUCAUCAUCGCAGACUUCUUGACAGUUUCUCCCUCAGAGGAGGAGAGCUCUACUAGAACAGUAUGGCGCUACAACAAAGCCGAUUGGUCGAGACUGAGGGCACACUUCAGAUCCGUAGAUUGGCUGCAAGUCACUGCUCCCCAUACCGACUACAACAAGGUCUGGGAUGUCAUCUCAGAGACACUGAUUCUAGUGGGGAUGCACCGAUUUAUCCCGUGCAAGCAAUACACUACAACACCCUCUGACCCUCCAUGGUGGAACCCAGAGUGUCUGGACGCAGUAGUCCUCAAGGAACAGGCCUGGCGGCGCUGGAGGAGAUUUCCAUCUUCUGAGCCUCUGAAGCAGACAUUUUUUACAAUCAGUCAACCAUGCCUCAACUGUGAUGGACACGGCCCGCCUAGCUUGGGAACGGCGUGUCCAAGCUAAGCUCUGUGCGGGUAAUCUGCGUGACAAACAGUGGUGGUCGGUGAUGAAAUCAGUCGCUGGUGUUAAGCGCUCCUCUGAUAUCCCAACCCUGAUUGAUGCACAUGGGCAGGAAUGCGCAACCAACCUGGCAAAGGCAAACUGCUUUGGAUCAUUCUUUUCCAAGAAAUGCAGUCUUGCCUCCGACAUAUCAGUGGACAGCCUGCCUGCUGCCUCUGGCGACAAUGAAACUCCAUCAGUCACAAGGAUCCAUUUCCGGGCUGACACAGUACGACGACAUCUGGCAAGACUUGACUCCUCCAAAGCCACUGGACCGGACAAUAUCCCAGCUAGGGUACUCAAGGAAUGCGCAACUGAGCUUGCGGGGCCCCUAGCACGCCUCUUCUCCCUGUCUUUCAGUACUGGCCACCAACCACAGGCAUGGAAGGUUGCCCGAGUAGUUCCAGUAUACAAAAAGUCCUCCAAAUCCGCUGAAAAGAAUUACCGACCAGUCUCGCUGCUUUCUAUAUGUUCCAAAGUAAUGGAGUCCAUCAUCAACCGCCAGUUAAUGAACUUUCUGGAGGGACAAAACCUCCUAUCACCAAGGCAAUUUGGCUUUCGCCGAGGCCUAGGUCCAUCCGAUCUACUUACGGGACUACACCACAAGUGGUCGGCCACAUCUGGCCUUGGUGGAUCUGUGGAGGUGCUUGCUGUCG